AUGUGUUUACAUGGAUGUUGUUCAAAUGAGAAAUGUGUUGCUAUUUUAGAUCAACAUAAAAUAUUAUCACCACUUAGUCGAACAAAUUCAGCUAUAUAUUCUGGUGAUUGUAUAUCAUUAUUAUCAAGUGAUUAUAAUGAGAAUUAUAAAGAUAAUCCAAUUAAAAUUCAUCCAUGUACAAGGAAAAAACCAAUUAAACUACAUCAAAUUAUUUAUUGUCCAAUUGAACAACAAAUAUGGUCAUGUGAAAGUGAACAAGAUUUAUCAUUAUUAAAUACAAGUGAUUAUUUAUUUUAUUCAUUAAAUAAUGAAAAAUGUUUACUGUGCAAUCAAAUAAUUGAUUCAUUACUAAUAAAUCAGUUAGAUAAUGAAUUAUUCAAUGAACAAUUAUUAAUCAGAGUAAAUAAUCCUUAUGAUCAAAUUAAAUAUGAAUGUGAUAAAUGCAUUCAUAGCAAAAAAGAAGACAAUAAUAUUAUCAAUAGUGUUACUACAUGUACAGAUAAGAAUUUAUCUCUUUCAACAAUGAAUAUUUUAAAUGAUAUUGAUAUACCAACAACACUGACAACUGAAUUUCCAUCGAAUAUUUUACAAAUAAACAUUAAUGAUAAGGAUGAUAAUGUGUUAUUAAGUCAAACAUGUGAAGUAAGCGAUGACAAUACACUACUUAAAGAUAAAAAAGUAGUAAAAAAGCAGAAAUUUCUAACAGAAAAGUUAAACUGUUUACCAACAACUCAUCAAUCGAUAACAUUAAAUGCUAAUGGUCAACCUUGUAAUACUUGUUGUACAUCAACAAGUUAUGGUUUAAAAUGGACAGAAAUAGAGAAAGAAAAUGUUUCAUCAGAUUAUUAUAUUAGUGAUUUAGGUGAUAUAUCCUAUGAUGAAUGUCUUAAAAAGCUGGAUAUCAAUCAACCAAAGUCAUCAACUAUAAAAAAAGAUAAAUGUAAGUGUUAUUGUCAAGUUGUUCAUUUAGCGGAUAAAAACUCCACAAAAGAUAGCAUACCAUCAUAUCAUAGACACUUCUUGCCUACAUCAGUUGUGCAACAAAAAACUGUAUUUAUUGUAUCACCGAAUCAAUCACCAUCUGUAUUAUCCUCAUCAUCAAUGGCGGCAUCAUCAACAACAACAUUAUGUACUUCAACUUUACCAGAUUAUUCAGCUAACUGUUUAGAAAAUUCAUAUACAUAUUCAUUAAAUUCAAAUGAAAUAUCAUUGGACAAUUUUACUGAUAAACUACACACAUUACGUCAUCAGGUAGUAAAACAACACCGAUUAAAUAACAAUAUGACAUUGAACAAUUCAUCACAAGUAAAUCUUGAAGUAAGCAAAUCAACAGUAUCUUAUCAGAGUGCAAAAAUAUCUAUUUUAUUAAAUGAUAAAUUAUAUUUUGAAGAGGGGGAGAACAAAUUGUUAUUACUACCACCAGCAUCACUGUCAUCAUCAUUGUCGUCAUCAUUAUCAACAUCAUUUGAAGGUAAAAGUUUAAUUCACUGCAGUGCUGAAAUAAAUCAACCCAUAUGUUAUCCGUUAUUUGAACAAAUUAUACGAAAUUCAACAGUGUUAAUAACUUAUACAAUCUAUAAUAUAGUAAGAUAUAAUCUUGUUUAUAUUUUGCCUCCAAUUUUCAGUGAACCACCAGUUGUUCAUUUAAAUUAUCAACGGAUUCAUUCAAAAGCAUUAAACAGUCAUUAUGUACAAACAUCACCAGUGAAGACACCUUUAUUAUUAAUUAAAAAAUAUCAUCAGAAAUCUCGAAACAGUAAGGUGAAUAGUUUAUUGGAACAAUCCAGUAGUAGUAUAGUUUGUAAGGCUGAUAAUAUCAAAAAGCGUCCUGCUACUACUAGUAAUACUAGUACUGAUAUAACCUCGACUUAUGACACCACAACGACUAGUACUCGUCUGAAGAAUACUUGGGUUAAUACAAUGAACCAGUAUGAAUACAAUAUGAAGUCGAGAUUAUCAGCAGUGACUAAAUCUUAUCAUGGGGAUCAUCAUCAUCAACAAAAUUCUAAAUAUAUUAAUGAAAUACAAACUACGAUUAAUUUAAAAUCAAUUAAACAUAACAAAACACUACAUUAUAAUAAUAAUUUAAUCACACUUUGUCAUCUUGAUAUGAAUGAUAAUAAUGUGAUCAAUAUAAAUCAAUCUCAAUAUCCUAAUUCAUCAAUUAUCCUACCGUGUAUUUAUGUCGAAGUAUCAUUAUAUCGUGAUUUAGAUUAUGUUGCAUCACCGAUCUGCUUAAAUCAUAUGGAAGCACGUUUAAUAUUUACAUUACUUGAAAGGAAACUACGAGAAGCAGUAACUAAUAAUUCUUUAACAGAAAAGUUGAGCGAGAUUAAUACAAGUCUAGUGAAUUCUUCAAAAUUCUUUAAAAAUAAUAAAGGCGAUGAAGAUAGCAAUAUUUCUUCUUUUAAUGAUACUGAUAAUGUAAGUGUAAUAUACACAAGGAAUGAGAAAGGAGCUUUAGAAAAACGAAUUAUAAAAAAUUAUGGUGAUGAUAUAAACAAUCCAAUUGCUUAUUAUAAUCGAUCAAUUAGUACACAAACAUGUUUACAAUUAUUUCAUAAAACUAAGCAUACCAAUAGUACAGAUGUUAAAGUGCUUUCAACUUAUCAAAAAAUAUUCAACGGUUCCUAUCUAUUCACAUCUGGACCAAAACAUGUUAGACCACCGAAACAAUGGUGGGAUCAUAUAAAUAAAGUUAAAGUUCAACCAGAAUUUCGUUGUGUAACAGCAUGGAAAUUAGAACAAUUAGAUUUAAUUGUUGGUGGUUUAAUUAACUAUGAACAUCAUUUACAGUUAAUAGUCAGCUCAAAUAAUGGUAAAAUUGGUAUUGUUUAUGCACAGGCAUUAUCAUUACUUAUGGAUAUAAUACAAAAAGGUAUCGGAUAUUUAUCAAGUCCAGGAUUGAAUUCAAAAUCUUUAAAAUGCAAAUCUGAUGGGCGUGGUAUAUGCUUUAGAAUUUAUUUAAUAUCACCUGAAUUAAUAAAACUUUUAGCCUCAAACAUUGAAGAUAUGUCAUACAUAGUUGGGUUAAACAAUUUGCAAUUAGGUAUAUGUUUAUUAAUAAAGCCAUUCAAUUAUGAGUGCAUUGCAUCAUUGUCUAAUGGAGAUAUAUCUAGGCAUCAUAAUGAUGCUGAAAAAUAUCCUGUCUUAUUGUAUACAAAAUCAAACAUUGAUUCGAUUGAUCAAGACUACCUGGGACAUAUUACUGAAGGUAUCCGACGUUUGCGUAUCUUAUGCGCAGAAUUAAUUAAUUCCUCCAAACUGCUAGGCUGUUAUGAUGUUAUGCCAGUUGAAAGUCUUGAUUACCUAAUCAAUUUAAUGAAUCAAUCAAAUUUGGAGACGGAGAAUAAAGUUUCCUUAACUAAAAAGUAUUUAACUAAAUCAUUAAUUAAUGAAUUAAGUGAAAAGGUGACUGAUUUUCACAGUACUCUAGCUCAUUGUAUACGAAUUAAUGCCUAUUAUCCAACUAUGCCAUAUCCUUAUGCUACUGAUCCACAGGUGUACAAUACUUUUGAAAAACUAUUCAUACCAAUUAUUAUGGAAUAUUAUUCAAUGAAUCAGUUAUAUCAUCCAUUACAGUCAGAUUAUACAUUACCUUGUCAUAAACCAAUAAUAAAUAAUCAUUGUAAAAUUAAAAGUUAUCGUAUACAAUUUACUAGAAAUAUUACUGGAUAUGGAUUUCUACCAAUGUUAUCAUUGAAUGAAUUGAAAACAAUUGAAAAUAUCUGUAAAAAUGUAUUAUUAUCAUGGAAAGAACAAGGCGUAGGCAAAUGGUAUCCACUAGAUGAAUUUCAAGAUAAACAUCCAAGAUUAUAUACAAGUUUAUUAAAAAAGAAUUUAAUUCUAUUAACUAAUGAUCCUAUCAGUCAAAUAACUGGUGUUUAUCGUUAUUGGCCAGAAGGUAGAAGUUUAUAUAUUGCGCCCAAAUCUUCUACAGACAUUGAUUUAAUAGUACAAAUUAACGCUAAAGAACAUUUACGCAUUAUCUGUUGUGAUUGGUCUGGUAAAUAUCCUUAUAAAAUGUAUAAAUGUGCAACACAAUUAAUGCAAUGGUUAGAUUCACACUUAAAUUUUAGUCGACAUGUAAAUUUAGGCUAUUUAAAUCCGUGUCUAUGGGAUAUUGGUUGUGCUAUGCAAAUAAGUGCUAGAAUAAGAUUGACAAAUUUACACAAGAAUAAAAAAGACUUGACAAAAUUAUGUAAUGAAAAUGAAUUGAAUGUACAAAAUGAUAACUGUAUUUCUAUUGCUACUACUGCCACAACUACUUCUAGUGAUAAUAAUAACAGUUAUUAUUAUCAAUGUUCUCGUUUGAUUAAUGACAAGUAUCAAAGAGUUCAUUCUUCUCCUUCACUAAUUUCGUCACUUCCUACUUCAUCAGCGCAUAUUUUACACUUUGAAGCAUGUAAAACACUGGGUAGAAAUGAAUCACAAGUUAUGUGUUCGUUUUUACGAUCAAUUAAUAAAAUUUGUGAAUAUGACAGUAGAUAUUCGGAUCCACUGAAACUACCUAAAAUAAUGAAUGAUAUAUUUUCAAGCAGAUUUAAAGUGAAGUGA